CUUCACUCUCUCUCUAUCUCUCUCUUCUUAUAAGAAAGAGCAAAAAGCUUCCUUCGUUUUACUAUUUUCAUGAUUCUGAAUUCCACACAAAGAGAGGGAGAGAGAGAGAGAGAGAGAGAGAGAGAGAGUGCACAAACAAAAGUUUAAAGUAAAUUUUGUCUCCAUGGCUGCUGAGAAGAAGAAGAACAAGAAGCAUUUACAUGAGCUUCUUGAAGAUGACCAAGAGCCUUUUCAUCUCAACCAUUACAUCGCCGACCUUCGAUCUCAGAUGGGUUACUCUGAUUUGCGUGUCAAGAAGCGAAAGUCUGAAAACGCAGCCGUUUUACCUCCUGGUUUCUUCUCCUGCGAGCGUUCUUGUUUCUUCGCGGCUCAUAGCAAAUCUCCCGACCCGAGAAAGUCUCCUCUCUUUGAGCUCCGUUCUCCGGCGAAGAAGAAGACCCGUGACGGUCGAGUUUUCCUCCAUAUUCCGGCGAGAACCGCCGCAAUUCUACUGGAAGCGGCGGCGAGGAUUCAAAAACAGCAGUCGGAGAAGGCUAAUAAGAUCAAUAACAAAGGUCGGAACAGAGGAAACGCGUUCGGGAUGUUCGGGUCCGUUUUGAAGCGGUUGACGAACCGUAAAGCGAAACCGCGUUUGGAUAACACAGAUGGACACGCGAUUUCCUCGGAACGCGGGUCCGAACCGACGAGUAGCAGUAGCAGCCGGCGAGAGCGUUUCGUGGACAUUGGCGAUAAGUGCUUUUGUGAGAGCCCUUUUCAUUUCGUCCUCCAUACAACUCCCUUGUCUUCCGGUCACCGGACUCCUCAUUUCACGUCGACGGCUACUUCUCCGGCGCGACGCAGUACAGAGGACGAAGAUAGCGAUGAGACAGAGAGCUUAGAGAAAGUGAGAGGACAAGAAGAAGAAGAUAAAGAAGAGGAAGACAAGGAACAAUGUAGCCCCGUCUCUGUACUUGAUCCUCUUGAGGAAGAGGAGGACGACGAGGACCACCAACAACGAGAGCCUGGCCAUCUCAAUCUCCUCUCGUGCAGCUUUGAAGUUGUACAACGGGCGAAAAGACGGCUACUCAAGAAGCUUCGUAGAUUCGAGAAGCUAGCGGGGCUGGAUCCGGUAGAUCUCGAAGGGAAGAUGUCGGAAGAAGAAGAAGAAGAAGAGGAAGACGAUAACAUGAGGGUUUAUGAUUCGGAUGAAGAAUAUGAUGACGUGGAUGAUGCCAUUUCACGAGAGAGCGGCUCCACGGAAGAGGAGAGGAGGAAGAAGAAUGAUGAGAGGCAGAAGAAGUGGAGGAUGAUGAAUGCAUGCAGAGUAGGGUUGGGAGCGGAGGAGGACGUGGACGAGGUGGUGCGGAAAGAUAUGAGAGAGGAGGCCGGAGAAUGGACAAGACACGGUGGAGAAGUGGAAGAGGCCGUGUCCGAUCUCGAGCUCUCUAUCUUCUUCUUCUUGAUUGAAGAAUUUUCCCACGAACUUGUGUCUUCUUCAUGAAACAAAUAAUGAAUUUUAUUAGAGACAAGAAUAUCAAUAGAUUUUUAGAUAUCUUUGACUUGAUAAACUGAAUUAACAACCUCUAUAAGACAAAAAAAGAGAAUCAUUAAUUUGAAAUGUCCAAAAGCUACUAUGAUAUUUACUAAAUAAAUUAUUAA